AUCCAGGGCACCUACGCGCUGGUGGCCCUGUUGGGCAACGCCCUGGUCAUCUUCGCGAUCCUUCGCUACGCGAAGAAGAAGACGGCCACCAACAUCGACCUGCUCCACCUGGCCGUCGCAGACGAGCUCGUCAUGCUGAGCGUGCCCUUCGUGGCCUCAUCCGCCGCCCUGAGCCGCUGGCCCUUCGGGUCCGUGCUGUGCCGCGCGGGGCUCAGCGUCGACGGCCUCAAUCUGUUCACCAGUGUCUUCGGUCUGACCGUGCUCAGCGUGGACCGCUACGUGGCCGUGGUGCACGCUCUGUGCGCAGCCAUCUACCGGCGGCAGCUCAUUAACUUGGGCGUGUGGCUGGCUUCCUCGGUCACGCUGCCUAUCACCAUCUUCGCAGACACCAGGCCAGCUCGGGGUGGCCAGACCGUGGCCUGCAACCUGCACUGCCCUCACCAGGCUCGGUCGGCGGUCUUCGUGGUCUGCACUUUCCUGCUGGGCUUCUUGCUGCCGGUUCGGGCCAUCGGCCUGUGCUACCUGCUCAUCGUGGGCGAGAUGAGGGCCGUGGCACUGCCUGCUGGCUGGCAGCAGCGGAGGCGCUCGGAGAAGAUCACCAGACUGGUGCUGAUAGUGGUGGCCGUCUUUGUGCUCUGCUGAAUGCCUUUCUACGUGGUGCAGCUGCUGAACCUGUUUGUGACCAGCCUUGAUGCCACCGUCAACCACGUCUCCCUCAACAGCUGCGCCAACCCCAUUCUCUAUGGCUUCCUCUCCGACAACUUCUGCCGUUCCUUCCAGCGGGUUCUCUGCCUGCGCUGCUGCCUUUUGGAUGCUGCUGGUGGUGCUGAGGAAGAGCCCCUGGACUACUAUGCCACUGCUGUCAAGAGCGGAGGAGGGACUGGAUGCAUAUGAUCCCCUCUCCCCUGCCAGCAGGAGCCUGUGCAACCAGAACCCAGCCGCAAGCACAUCCCCCUCACCGGGACCACCACUUUCAGAAGAGCCCUUUCACCACCCCCCGGCUGGCCAUCUCCUGAGUAG